GGCAAUUUUGGGAAACCAAGUGAAUUUUGUGGGCUUUAUGUAGUAAUUUGUGGGCGAUGUUUAACAAAUCCCUAAUUGUAAACCUUGCUGCCAAGAAAAAUCCCCUAAAUAUAAGAGUAUCGUCAGCACAGUGUUCUGCAAUGGUGCUACCGAAAAUGGCUUCUUACACCGCAAAAUGGGCGAUACCUUCAGCUUAUCUUUAUCAUCAUCAAUUAUCAAGUUUCAACCCCAUUUUUUAUUUCAUUUUUUUGCCUUCCAAUCCCCCUUCCCCUGGGGAGUUUGUACAAUAAUAUGGGGAAAUCCAAGGAAGAGGACAAGAUAGAGAAGAUUAUUCGUGGAUUAUUGAAACUUCCUGAAAAUCGGCGAUGCAUCAAUUGCAACAGUUUGGGACCGCAAUAUGUUUGCAUGACAUUUUUGACAUACGUGUGUACAAAUUGUAGCGGGGUGCACCGUGAGUUCACUCAUCGUGUAAAAUCUGUAUCGAUGGCCAAAUUCUCCAUGGAAGAAAUUACUGCUCUUCAAGCAGGAGGAAAUGAGAGAGCAAGGCAGAUUUACUUCAAAACAUGGGAUCCACAGCGUAAUUCUCUCCCAGAAAACAGUAAUAUACAUAGAAUUCGUGAUUUUAUCAAGCAUGUCUAUGUGGAUAAACAGUAUACCGGUGAGACCCAUCCUGCUUCGGCUCAAAGGUCACGAAAUAGUGGAAUGUACGAGCCUUAUGAACAUAAAAGAGUAAUUAAGGGUGAAAGCUCUACGUCUCAUGUGAAAACUAUUGACAAAUAUAGUAGAUAUGCUAGUGAUGAAUCUAGAAGUCCUCAGUACUCAGGAGAAUUCUCUAGAUACGGUGAUUUCAGGGCUGGUUCGUCUCGUUUUGAGGGUACAGAAGGUCGCUAUCGAGUGGAUGACACUAGAAUUUCUGGGCGGGCUGCUACCCAGAUGUUUACCACUGAAGACAUUAAGCCCAGAAGGAGGUCCCCUGAUCGCCGACUGAGUAGUGAUGCAAAAAGCCCUACACUACAUCAUGUGAAAGAGAUCCUUGGAGAAAACUCUGUUGCUUUACGUGUUGCCAAUCAUCCUAAAUUUGCUGAUAGGAGAUAUGAUAAAGUUGCUACUGCUAAUGCUCAGGAGCGUGAUCAUCAUAAAGAAAGCCAUAGAAGUGUAGAUCAUAAUGAAACAACUCUUCAAAGAUCUGUUUCAGCUGAUGUUCAGAACACUGCAGAAUCUGGAAGUCAACCACCAUCCAGCCACGUUGAACCGAAACGCAAAAGUGAAAGCUUUGGAUCAUUGGAUGUCUUUACAGAUUUUUCUUCUCGAUCUUCUGUCCAAAGUCUUGGUCCACAAACGAAUAUUGCCAUGAAGCCACCUGCAAAGAAUACUCCUGGUUAUGCUCAUCCUAAUACCUUGGAAUUCUUGCUAUUUGAAUUAUUUUCUCGGGCUGAAAUGACCCACAGUGAUCAGUCUGGAAUUCCCUGUGAGGAAAAUGAUGUAUCAAGUCCUUCAAGCAACCGUUCAAUAUGGAAUCAUGUACUAGCACCAUCCACAAGCGUAUCUCAAGCUUUAACUGAUGAGUGCACUUCAUAUUCUGCUGCUGCUACCACCACAUCCAAUACUUUAUCCAUCAGCAUGCCAGCAAGAUCAACUGAUGCAGAUACUCCUAAAGGCUCUACUUCUCAGAUGGUCCCAGAUCUACUGGGUGAUGAUGGUGUGUAUGCCACUGCAGAUAUUGGCGUAAAGCAGUCUCCAAGUACACAGCAUCUUGGGCCUACCCCGGUUUCAGAUACUUUCUCUGCUCCUAUUCAAACCAGCCAUUUAAAUGAAGGUGCAUUUAAUCAGCCAACAGUGUUGCCCCCAGCAUCAUUUGCUCCAGUAAUUUUUGGCAAUCCUACUGUACGAUCAUCUCAGCCUGCUCAAGGUCCAACUGGAGAAGCAGAAUCUUUGAUUGAAAUGAAGCCGUAUCUUGCAGACACAAAAACUGGUGGAAGGAAAGAGCUUCCUGCAGAACUUUUUGCUUCUCCCUAUCAAUUAAGCUCAGUUUCAGCCUCAGGGUGGCCAGAUGGUUCAAAUAAUGGCAUGGGCUUUAACAUGCAUUAUUACCCUCCUCAGAUGUCUUCUGCAAUGGGAUUUAUGCAAGGAGGAUCGAGUCACUCAUUCAUUCCAGCAGGCUUGUCACAUGCUACAAGCUUUGGAUCACAUCUUCCAGGUUCUGCACUAACUGGUUCUACUGCUUAUUUUUCUAGUGCGCAUCAUCAAUCACCUUAUGCUCUAGGUGCAUAUAUGGGGCAGCAUUUUUACCAUAACAAGCCAUCAACCAGCAUACAAGGAACGAAUAGCUUUGGUGGUUAUGUAGGACCAACAGUGUUGUUACAUUCAAAUCAGCAAUCUCCAUAUAGAUAUCCAGCACCUACAGACCAAAGUUCAUAUCCUAUGGGUGGAGGAAAUCCAUUUGGGUAAAUGAUGAGCCGGAACUUGUGAAUUUAUGAUGUUUUCGAUCACACUCUUGCUGUAGCCUCCAAAUCAACAGGAAUGCUAUUAUGUUCGAUUUUGUGAAUUAAUCGUGUCGUCUUAUAUGGUCAAGGCUAGGUAUGUAAGCCAGCUAAAUGACUCAGAGGAGCAUUUUUAUGAGGAGCAAAGAAUCAGCUGUGAAAUUUCUAGUGAAUAUGCUAUAUAUCAGCCUAGCAGGGCUUCUUUUUUUGGUUAA